AUGGGCAUAAACCGAUAUGUUAGCCGACGAUAUAUUACUGUACUCAAAUAUCUUUUAUUUGCUGGAUUUGUGUAUAUUCUUUAUGGAACUUUUUUCGCUUCUACCGCUCCUCAAUCGAAGGACAUUUUCAUAGGUCGUGCAGCUAGAAUAGAAGCUCCGGCUCCUCCCGUUAGAGUGUUUCCGAAGCAGUCGGAUGGUGUGGAUCCAUUUUUGACGUAUAAAAACGAGCCGAAGAAGAACUGGGAAAAUCUUGAAGAAUACGCCGCUGACCAAGCUCGUGUUGGGCCAGGUGAGCAGGGAAAGCCAGUCACGCUUCCGCAGGACGAAAAUGUCGAACGGGAAGCUGUGGCUUUGUAUAAAGCGAAUGGUUACAAUGCCUAUGUCUCGGAUUUGAUUUCAUUGAAUCGAUCUAUGAAAGACAUCCGCCAUCCGCAGUGCAAACGAAUGGAGUAUCACUCAAAGCUUCCCAUGGUUUCUGUGAUCUUUCCCAUGCAUGAAGAGCACAAUUCGACCCUCUUGCGUUCUGUCUACUCAAUCAUGAACAGGUCGCCGAAAGAACUGUUAAAGGAAAUUAUACUGGUGGACGAUUUCAGCGAGAAGCCGUUUCUGAAGAAGCCUUUGGAAGAUUUUUUGAAGCAUGAGAAGAUUGACCAUAUUGUCAAAGUACUGCGGACAAAAAAACGAGAAGGCCUUAUUCGUGCGCGUCAACUGGGUGCAGAAAAAGCGACAGGUGACAUUCUUGUUUUUCUGGACUCUCACUCGGAAGCAAAUUACAACUGGUUACCUCCACUGAUCGAUCCUAUUGUUGAGGACUACAGGUUUGUUGUUCUUAGCUGUUGCUGUUCGUUUGAUUGGGCAUUCAACUACAAGCGAUUACCGUUGACCAAGAAAGAUCGUGAGAAUCCGACGAAACCAUUUCCGAGUCCUGUGAUGGCUGGUGGUUAUUUUGCCAUUUCGACAAAAUGGUUCUGGGAACUUGGUGGUUAUGACGAUGGCUUGGAUAUUUGGGGUGGCGAGCAGUAUGAACUGAGUUUCAAGGUGAGAUCCUAUGCAAAUGGCUGUCCUAGUGAUGUGACCCUUAUGAUCUAG